ACCUAUAUAUAUUCACCUCCACUCACCAUAUGAUAUAUCAUUCUCAUCUAUAUUUUUGUAUUCUAUAGUACAACAAAGGAACAAAGAAUAGUAUAAGUUUGUACUUCAAUUUUUCAUUCUUAUUUUUUGUUAAGGUACUAUGCCAGAACAACAUUUGAACGGAGCCUAUUAUGGUCCGUCCAUUCCACCACCAUCCAAAUCCUAUCACCGCCGUGGCAGUAGUUGCAACCCAUGUAGCUGUCUCUUUGGCUGCCUAUGCAAAAUAAUCUUAACCAUUAUCAUCAUCCUUGGAGUUAUUGCAUUAGUCGUCUGGCUCGUCCUACGUCCUAACAAGGUCAAAUUUUACGUGACAGAUGCCACGUUGACACAAUUCGAUUUGUCCACCACAAACAACACCCUUUACUAUGAUUUUGCUCUCAACAUGACUGUUAGAAACCCCAACAAGCGAAUUGGGAUUUACUACGAUUCGAUUGAAGCUAGAGCUAUGUAUCAAGGGGAGAGAUUUGCUAGUCAAAAUUUGGAACCGUUUUAUCAGGGUCAUAAAAAUACUAGCACUUUGAGUCCAGUGUUUAAAGGACAGAGUUUGGUUCUAUUGGGAGACAGAGAGAAAUCGAAUUACAAUAAUGAGAAGAAUUCAGGUAUUUAUGAGAUGGAAGUCAAACUUUAUAUGCGUAUAAGGCUAAAGGCUGGUCGGAUUAAAACACACAAAAUUAAGCCCAAAAUUGAAUGUGAUUUCAAGGUUCCUCUGGAUUCUAGUGGCAGAUCUUCUACUAAUUUUGAGUCAAAAAGAUGCCAUCUUGAUUGGUAGAUUUUUUCUAUCAUGUUGGCACCAUUAUUUAAUUUGAUCAUCUUCACAUUUAGAUGGAGUUUAUUUCUGUUUUUCUUCUUGUUAUUGUUGCUUCAUCUAUUCUUUGGAUAUUAGCAGAUGGUAUUGAUUAGGGGAUUUCUAUCCCUUUUCUUUUUCCGAUGUUGAGUUAGUGAUCAUUGAUAUACAUAUUAUCAUAUUGUUAUUUGGAUAUGGUUGUAAAUAAAAUAAUGAGUUGCUUUA